AUGCUCGGACGCCUAGCCGUACUGGGCCUCCUGCCCUUCGCCGCCGCAAAAGCCGUCCUCCCGCGCGCCGACACCGCAUGCAACAACUCGCCCGACCUGUGCUCCAAAUCCUACGGCGAGAUCACCCAUCUAGGAUGCCAUAACAGUCCCUUCCUGAAGGACGCGUCGACGAGUUAUUCGAGUUUUGGGAAUCAGUAUGUGAAUACGACGUCGCAGCUGGAUGCUGGAGUUCGGCUUGUCACGGCCCAGGUGCAUAAGAAGGAUUCGGAGUGGCAUUUGUGUCAUUCGGGGUGUGAUUAUUUGGAUGCGGGGAAGCUGAGCUCGUGGUUGUCGGAGAUCAAGGAGUGGUUGGAUAACAAUAAGAAUGAUGUCGUCACGGUAUUACUGGUCAACUCCGACAGCGCCUCGGCCUCCGACCUCGACUCCGAAUUCAAAUCCGCCGAAAUCACCAAAUACACCUACAAGCCGACCUCGCAGACCUCCGCCCCCUCGUCGUGGCCCACCCUCCAAGAACUGAUCAAGGAUGACACGCGACUGAUGACCUUCGUGGCGUCGCUGGACGCCUCGAAGAACAGCGACGCGCCGUACCUGAUGGACGAGUUCAACUUCAUCUGGGAGAACCCGUACGACGUCACCUCGCCGUCCAACUUCUCCUGCAAGCCCGACCGCCCGAGUAGCCUGAAGAACGACGUGUCGUCGGCCCUGUCCUCGAACCGCCUGCCGUUCAUGAACCACUUCCUCUACCAGUCCGUGAUCUUCGACAUCCAGCAGCCCAACGCCAGCUAUAUCUCUACGACGAAUGCGCCCUCCGGGGGCACGGGGAACCUGGGCGAUGCGGCCUCCAAGUGCAAGAAGGCGUGGAGCCGCCAACCGUCUUUCAUCCUGGUGGAUUUCUUCGACAAGGGACCCGCCAUCGACACGGUGGAUAAGCUCAACGGCGUGAGCUCGCCGACAGGACGGAAGAACGUCACCGCCAUCUCGGAAACCAGCACCGCGUCGACCUAUAAGAACGUCUUCAAGGGCCUCGUCGAGGUGGUCCAGAAGGCCAAGGCCGGUUCCAACCCCAGCAUGGGCGAAUGGAUCUGGGCCGGUGGUGACUGGGGCUCUCUCGGUGGUGGACUUGCCAUUUGA